AUGCCUAAAGGCAUCUGGACACCUGGCAAUAUGUGGAAGUCUCUGGUCUGUAAGGACGUAGGGGUCAUCAAUACAAACUGGACACUAAAAUGCCUCAGAAACACAUCCGUCUGGAUCUUUGGGGACUCAAAUGCCAGGAUGACCUAUGACACUAUUCUUGAGCUAACAAAAUGUAACAAAACUGAAGGUGGAUACCCAUUUAGAGGGACAUGCACCAAGCCUGAGACUGGACUCACCAUAAAUGUUUUUUGCCACGAAGGACCGGCGUAUACAUACUCACAAAGAAAUGAAAAUUAUACCGGGAUUCCAAGUUUUAUUCAGAAGCUACCAAAAAACCAGAAACAUAUUCUCAUCAUUCAGUAUUACCUCCACUACACGGCUUCCCAUCUCGCUGUGCUGUCGUUACGUAUGAAAUCUCUGAGAGCCGCCAUAGAAAAACUGCUUGAAGAAAAUCCCAACGUCUUGAUAGGACUCAGAGGUCCUCACAUUGCUUCUUUAUAUUACAAUUACAAUCAUGCAAUUGGAGGGGAUCCUUUAGGACCCCAGUAUAUCCAUAUAAUACGAGAAAGGUUCAAAGGCUUAGAAGAUAAAGUCGUUUUCUUAGAUUUGUGGGAAAUGUCCAUUGGAAUAGAAAACUUUGAUUAUCAUCCACCACAGUAUGUAAACCGCGAGAUGUUCGAGUUCUUGUUGUCUUUUCAGUGUCAAUAG